GGUAUUUACAGAUGAUCACAUUUACACUUGGUUACAAAAAUUACAAUAUUAUUCGUUAAUUCAGUGAACUAGUACUGUAGUAUGAACAUCCCAAAAUUGUUCUUAAGUAAAAUUGGAUAUUGUCACAGUGUUCUAAAAACAGCUUCUUCAAGACGAUCAUAUCAUGGAUUGUUGUUGGCAAAAGUAUGUCUAUCACCCUCGCACAUAUUGGUGGAAAAUAUUCGUUACAAAACAAGAGCUGUCAUAUUUGACAUGGGUGGAGUUGUGCUCAAAAGUCCAUUUCCACUAACAAGAGCAUAUGAGGAUGAAAGAGGGAUUCCUCCUGGUACCAUCUGGAAAUGUAUUGAGCAGUUUGGUGCAGAUGGUUCUUGGCCUAAAUUGGAAAUAGGAGAACUAAAUUCUGAAGAGUUUGGUGUAAAAUUCUCUGAGGAAUGUUCUGUCACUGCAGGUCAAAGUGUGGAAUUACAUGACUUUCUUGAGUAUUUGGAGAAUGGAAUGGGUGAUCCAAUCCCAGAAGUGCUAGAUGCAGUCAGGGCUAUAAAAGCAGAAGGCAUUAAAACCGCUCUCCUGACAAAUAACUGGAAAAAUUCUGAUGGCAGCACAUUGAUUCCUAUCGAUCAAUCAAUUUUUGAUGUUGUCGUAGAGUCUGCUGUGGCUGGAAUAAAUAAACCGAAUCCAGUUAUUUAUAACAAAUGCUUGAAUGCAUUGGGAGUCAAGGCUGAAGAUGCAAUCUUUCUUGAUGACAUUGGCAGUAAUAUAAAGGCUGCAAAGAGUCUUGGAAUUCGAUGCAUCAAAGUGGAAAACAUUCCUGCCUCACUUGCGCAGCUCGAACAAAUAUUGCAGUUUUCUCUGUCCAAUCCUAUCCCAGAAACAAAGGGAGUUCGAAAAGGUAUGGAGAUAUCAGAAAGGAAUCUUGAGAAAAACAUUCAGAAUACCCUUAAGAUUCAUUCACACACUGGCCUACAUAUUCGGCAGUUUGCUCAUGGCCAGUCUAAUCCGACAUACUAUAUUGAGUAUGGAGAUAUGAAAGCCGUUCUUAGAAAAAAGCCACCAGGCAAAUUGUUACCAUCAGCACACGCUAUUGAAAGAGAAUACAGAGUAAUGUCUGCCAUGAAAGAAGCAGGGGUUCCUAUUCCCACACUUUUAUCUCUUUGUGAAGACUCUUCAAUCCUUGGUACUCCUUUUUAUUUGAUGAAAUAUGUGGAUGGCAAUGUGUAUAAAAAUCCACUGCUCCCUGAUAUGCCUGCAGAGAAAAGACGGCGUAUUUAUCAUAACCUAGCUGAUACUCUGUGUAAUAUACAUUCCGUUAACAUAGACAAUGCAGAUCUCACCGACUUUGGAAAAUAUGGAAAUUAUGUUGAAAGACAAGUAAUAACUUGGUCAAGGCAAUAUAAGGCAACUGAAACUCAUAAUAUCCCUGCUAUGAACAGAUUGAUAGAAUGGUUGCCACAACAUUUACCAAAAAAUGAGAGUACUGUUGUGGUUCAUGGUGACUACAGACUCGAUAACCUUAUUUUUCAUCCAGAGACUGAUGAGGUUCUUGCUGUUUUGGACUGGGAAUUGUCCACCCUGGGUGAUCCAUUGUCAGAUUUGGCAUAUAUGGGAAUUGCUCAUUAUUUGCCUAAAAAUAUACCAAUACUACCAGGCAUGGCUGAAAAGGAUUUGGAACGUCUGGGCAUUCCCAGCAUGAAGGAAUUAAUGCAUCGUUACUGCUCCAAAACUAACACAGCAGAAGUUUCAAAUUUUAAUUUUUAUAUGGCUUUUACAUUUUUCAGAGUAGCUUCUAUAUUACAAGGUGUUUUUAAAAGGUCCAAAAUGGGCCAGGCAAGCUCUGCUUCUGCCAACGCUGCUGGUUCACUUGCAGAACAAAUGGCCGAUAUUGGUUGGAAUUUUGCAUGUAAAGAAGGAUUUAGAGUAUUCAAUGACUCCAAUCGCAUUCUUUUGAAGGGAAAACCAUAAGGGCACAAUAAUUAAUAUAUAAACUUUUAUUUGAGGCACUUGCUAAUUUUAUUGUUUUAUCUAGCAUAAUAUCUUAAUAAUGUUAAUAUACUUGGAUAUGAUAGGGAUGACUUGCAUUAGGUGCAUGCCGUAUCUUGUUUGGUAAUUUUUUCGAGUAUUUUUGUAAUGCAUUGUGGAUAAUUUAAUUUUUGGUUCAGUUGAGAAAUCAUUCAUUAUAACUGUGCUAUUCACUGACUUAAUUUUUUGUGCUGAUUAUCCACUGCAAAUUUCGUUGUUGUAACUGUUCAAAAUUGAUUAAAGGAUUGAUUAGGAUUUUGUGAGAGAUUUUGUUCAUACAUGAAUUGUCAAUAAAUAAUCGUCCUUGACCAAUCGCAUAAUUAUUUUCAUUUAUCUUGUGAAAGAAUACGAUUCCAUAAUAAUAAAGAUAAUGUGUAAUAUAAGUUUUCUGUGUUUGCCCGUCUUUACUAUGCACCACUGGUCUUUAGAAGAUAUCACCUCUUCCUAAUGUAGCAGUAUGUUCAUUUCGUGAAAUAAAAUAAUUGUACUAGUAUUGCAAA